AUUGUUUGUCAGCAGUUGCCACCGAGACAACAAACAGAACAACCUCGGCAAAAUCUAAAGCGUAGAGCUAAGCGAAUAAUCUAGCAAGAGUUUCAUCCAGAUAUGGAGGACUCUUCUUUCUUUCAAUACUCAACUACUCCAGAAUUCUCCCCUGAAUCAUCGUUUGGCUCACCAGAGCCUUUUUCUAGUUGCUGGGAUAAGCUUCUUCUCGACCACAAUUCUCUUCCUUUGAACUUCAAUGACUCUGAAGAAAUGCUUUGGAUGGAUUUGUUGGCUGAUGGACCUAAAGAGUCCUCAGAGUCCAACUCCACUGAUGGUGUAAAGGAGGAGGAGGUUACUUCAGAUGCUAAACAUGAAGAGCCCGAUAAGGAAAAAAAUUACAGAGGAGUCAGGAAGAGGCCAUGGGGAAAAUAUGCAGCUGAGAUUAGAGAUUCAACAAGAAAUGGUGUCAGGGUCUGGCUAGGAACAUUUGACAGCGCUGAAGCAGCUGCUUUAGCUUACGAUCAAGCAGCAUUUUCAAUGAGAGGGUCAUUGGCUACCCUCAAUUUCCCAAUAGAAGUUGUCAGGGAAUCGCUUCAGGACAUCGAGUAUCGAUCUGAGGAGGGUUGCUCCCCUGUUGUGGCUCUGAAGAAUAGGCACUCGUUAAGGAAAAGGUCAAAGAAAAAGAAAAGCAAACAAAACCAGACAACAAGGCAACAACAAAACUUGGUGGUGCUGGAGGAUUUAGGAGCUGAUUACUUGGAACAACUUCUAAGUUCAUGUGAAACUUCUGCUCCUUGUUAAAAAUUCUUGCCAAGAGGUCGUGGUUUUUUUUUCCUCCAAUUUUUUUGUUCCAUUUCCUAUUUUUGUUCUUUUCUCGGUUUCAUUGAAUCUUGGAGUUGUCCGACAUUUUCUCGGUGGGGUUUGAUUUGAGGGCUGUUAAAUCUUGUUCCAUGGUUCAUCUUACUGAUUUUGUUUUUUAGUUUUUUCUUUUCUUGUAAAGUUUAAACUAGAGCAUGAUGCAAAUGUAAAAAAAAAAAAUGUCACUUUUGUGGUUUCUGUCUCAAUUAUUGCGUUCUAAGCUAUAUAUCUUUGGGGAUUGUGGACAAGGUUUUACAAAAACCCAAAACAAUUUUGGGGAUUUAGAUAAAACAAGAUCAUUUUGAUGGGAUAAAAUAAUCUAAAACAAUAUUCAAACUGAAUAUGUUAUGCAACAAAAAAAAUCAAGUUAUACCUCUUUUGUAUGA